CCUCAUCGACGGAAUUCAGCACCAAACGGCAGAGGAUGGGUGCGGGGUCGAGCAAAGAAAUAGUAAGUAAUACCACUCAUAAGUUAGAUAGACAAUUGUACUACCUAUAAGAAACACAGUUUUGGCUGAGGGGGUUGAUCGCACAGAACCCAAAUAAACAAAUAGAUGAUGCGGGACUACCCAGCCCAUCGGCCAAACCUUGUCUUUACCGCCCUGUUGACCUGUUCCCCAAUUAUUCAACAUGGAGACACCCGCUUUGACCGGCUCAGAGGGUGAUGUAAAGAUACUGCUCAAGUAUGUGAAUGACGCUGGUGAUGUUCUUCUUCAAAUGACAGAGUACCUAGCUGAUAAGCCAAUCUGGCCGGUGUUCAGUAUCUUUAUGGUCAACUUUCCGACCACAUCUGCUAGGGAUGGGUUCAUCCCCAUGGUGGAAAUGGUCGAGCACCUUGUCCCAGAGGCGGUUGUGACCAAGCUCGACCUCGAGCUUUCCUGUACCACAUCCAACCCGAGCGGCUAUGACUUGGGCCCUGCCCCCGGGAGCUCUGCGUCUGACAUCAACCUCCCUUCGGACUGGAUCACCAGCCAAGCUCGUUCACUUCUCGAACGGAUGCGACAUAACACGUCGAAUGGAGCUGCAAUUUUACUCUCCGGGUAUGGACUUGGUGGUAUUUUGGUCAAGCAGGUAGGUCAUGGCGUGAAGAUACGAGAGUCGUCCGUUGAGUCGAUGGUCUCUAUCUGAAAAACGGGAAAGAACAGAGGCGGGAUAGUCUAGUAACUUGAGCCUUCUCAUCGUUAUUGCCUCAGCACCUGUCAGCUAUCGCAACAGCAAAUAGCGAUCCCGAAUUCUAUCAUCUGGCUUCCCAAGUCACAUGUCUUGUUUUCUUCAACACCCCUCACGAACCCACUGGUCAUCACCCGUGGGAGGGUGUGUUACUCG